GGGCGCGAGUUACUGCUUCAUUAUGCUGCGCGAGCAGGACUAGAAAAAACUUGCAGGUUGCUACUCGAAAGAGGAGUUGACGUGGAUGCUCAAAACGAGGAUGAAGAAACUGCACUGCACCUAGCCAUUAAGGAGGGACACAAAGAUAUCGUACAAGUCCUCGUAGAACAUGGUGCCGAUAUCAAAUUGAAAAUUCAGAGUGGCGAGACUCCGCUUCAUAUUGCAGUGCAAGAAGGUGUAGGAGAAAUUUGCAGGUUGGUAAUCGAGAGAGGAGCUGACGUGGAUGCCAAAGAUGAAAGAGGAUACACAGCUUUACAUGUUGCCGCUAUAAAUGGUCAAGUACAUAUCAUGGAAAUUCUCUUGAAUUGGGACGUCGAUAUCGAUACCAUAGUUGAUGGAGGUAAUACUGCACUUCAUCUUGCCUCCC